AACAAAAAGAUUAGCUUAAGCAUUGAUAGAACUUCUACUCAUUGACUUUGAGCGAACACACAGACCUUUUAAAAAUAUCAUCUGAUUUGAUGGAGUACUUGAUAGUUCACCUAAUAAUAAGGAGCACAGCAGAUUAAUGGUAAGGAAGAGCAGAUCAAUACAUCUAGCACUUUUUGAUUUAUCAUGGGGAGAUCUCCUUGCUGUGAAAAAGCUCACACCAACAAAGGAGCAUGGAGUAAGCAAGAGGAUGAAACUCUCAUUGCAUACAUUCAGGCCCAUGGUGAAGGCUGUUGGAGAACUCUCCCAAAAGCAGCAGGACUGCAGCGCUGUGGGAAGAGUUGCAGGCUUCGAUGGAUAAAUUAUCUUCGCCCUGAUCUUAAACGGGGCAAUUUUACCCCAGAAGAAGAUGAGCUUAUUAUAAAGCUCCAUUCUAUUCUGGGUAACAAGUGGUCCUUAAUUGCAGGCAAACUGCCAGGAAGAACUGAUAAUGAGAUAAAGAACUACUGGAACACACAUAUAAAGAAGAAGCUGUUAGAGAAGGGAAUGGAUCCUUAUACCCAUUGCCCCAUUGUCACAUCUGCAUCAAACUCUUCUUCCUCCAAUGAUAACACUCCAUGUCAUCUAAACAAGCCCAGCAGGCAUGUAGCAGUAGAGACAUUCACUGAUUUUUUCCAGCAGCAGGCCAUUUCUUCCUCUCCAAUGGUUUCCAGCUAUCCUACUGCACUGCUAGAUGAUGAUGAUAAUGUCAAUCUUGAACUAUCAAUUACAUUACCAUCCCUGAAUACAGCCCAAGGCAGUGGUACUGCAGCCUCAGCUUCUUCAUUGACAUUCAGUUCUUGUAAUGAUGAAAUCUUCUACAAUGGAGAGGCAACGUCAUCAAAUGGAAAUUUUACAAAGCAAGAGUCUGUUUGCUGUCACAUAGGGCUGCACACCAUUGGUGGAAGUUGCUGCUGCUGUUCUGGUUAGUCUGAAAGAUUUAUGAAGCCAUGGUACAUGCUCAAUAACCAUCAGCAUACCAGUGUACACAUAAAUUUUGGCAUCUGUCUGUAAAAAUUGGGGUACUAGUCUAGAAAGAGUCCAAUUAAUCUUAGAAAUAAGGGGUAUUACUCACAAAUCUAUCAGACCAUGUGCCUUGGAAAUCUGCUAUGAAGUGAAAUCCCAUGGAAAGAUGAACCAACUUAUCUUUUUUUUUAGUGUAAAUUUAACUUUCACUUACCGAGCUUAGAACAAGUGGAGUGUGUCCAUAUUAUUAUC